CACAGCGUGGCUUAUAUAUCCGGCAGCGGGAGACGGCCCGGCGAUGAACGGUCGGACGAUGAUGUCGGUACGGUCGGUGUUUGAGUUCUCGGGCCGGCUCCUGUCCGGGGAGUCGGUCAGCUUUGAUCGGUAUCGCGGGAAGAUUCUUCUCAUUGAGAAUGUGGCGUCUCUCUGAGGGACAACCGAGCGGGACUACCGGCAACUCAACCAGCUGCAGAGCGACUAUGAGGGCCGGCUGCAGGUCCUCGGCUUCCCCUGCAACCAGUUCGGACACCAGGAGAACGGCUCGGGUCAGGAGAUUCUGGACUCCCUGCGGUACGUGCGGCCCGGUGGCGGUUUUGUUCCGGCGUUCCCGAUCUUGGAGAAGUGCGAGGUGAACGGGGAGAAGGAGUUGCCGCUUUUCACCUUCCUGAAGGCGUCCCUCCCCUCCCCCAGCGAUGACGCCGUCUCCCUGAUGACCGACCCCAAAAGCAUCAUCUGGUCUCCGGUGCGGCGCAGCGACGUUUCCUGGAACUUCGAGAAGUUCCUGAUUGGCCCGGACGGCGUUCCCUACAAACGCUACAGCCGCCGCUUCGAAACCAUCAACAUCCGCCCGGACAUCGAGGAUCUGCUGAGGGGGGCGGAGACAUGAGCGUCAUGUGACCCGCCGGGCGCAGGCGUCACCUGCAGACGUUUACUUAUGAAGCUCCGCCUUGAAACCUGUAAAGGGGCGGAGCUGAUGUUCCUGUACAUUGUCUGUAGGAGGCUCUGUGAUUGGCGGG